AUGGCCGAAUCUGGUCCCGUCAUCGACUAUGGUCCCAACCCUCACGGUCCAGAUGUCACGGGCACCCACGAUACUCUGGAGAGCCUUCACUACGAAAUGACCCAGAACGAGAGGGAGGUCUUCAACUACCUGCUCAAACCCGAUGACAACUACGAUGAGAACGGUGUCUACUGGGCCGACCUUCCCAUCAUGAAGCGAAUCAAGUUCGUGAACAAGGUCAACCACGCCGAGACCAAGCGCGAAUUCCUAGCCUUCUGGAACAUGUUUAAGAAAGACCCUCUUGCUCCCGUUGGUUUCUACCUGCGGAACAUGGUUCUUCCCGGUGCUGGUCUCGGUCUUGAAGGGUAUGUCCUCUUCUCCAUCGGCAACUUGAAGCCUCUUUUCCAAAAAGGUUUCCCUGAAUGCUGGGACGACCACACCAUCUGCAGCAAGACCUGGAUCAACGCGGUCGAAUACCUCGAAAUCUGUGGCAUCAUCGUCGGUCAAAUUCUCGUCGGUGUCAUUGGUGACUGGAUUGGCCGUCGUUGGGGUUUGAUUCAGGAUGCCUCCAUCAUGUUUAUCGGUCUGAUCAUGCUUACUGCUUCCUGGGGUGUUACCCAAAACGGCUGGGUUAUCUGCUAUACCUGGUCCCUGUUCUUCUACGGCAUUGGGGUCGGUGGUGAAUACCCCAUGACGGCCACUUCCGGUAUGGAGAACGCUGUGGGCUCUGGAAAAGUUUCCACGCGCGAAGAUCGUCUUCACCGUGGCCGCAAAGUCACCGGCGCUUUCUUGAUGCAAGGUUGGGGUCAAUUCUUCAACCAAGUUCUGCUGAUCUUGCUGCUGCUUAUUUUCCACCACGGGAGCGGAAAUGCCCCGUACUCGCAAGUCGCUGUCCAAUGGACCUUCCGUAUUUCUUUCGCCAUUCCCGCCGUUGGUACUUUGUGGCUGGUCUACUGGCGUACGUUCAAGGUCAAGCAAAACGCCAAUAAGCAAUUGAGAAUUGCCAAGAAAAAGUCCAGGGUCACUGGCUACGAUGUCGAAUCUCUGUCGUUGACUAUUCGCUACUUUGGCGGUCGUGUUAUUGCUACCGCGGGUACUUGGUACAUGAACGACGUCUUUUUCUACGGCAACAAGUUGUUCCAGAGCGAAUUCAUCAAAGUCAUCAUGCCUGACUCCAACUCCAUCAUGCCCGGAUGGUUGUACAACUUGAUCAACGUCGGCGUUUCGCUUUGCGGUUAUUACUUGGCCAGUUUCCUUAUCGACAACAAACUCUAUGGCCGAAAGCACAUGCAAUCCCUCGGUUUCUUGAUGGACUUCAUUUUGUUCAUCGUUCCCGCCUUCAACUUCGAGCAUUACACCAGCAUUCAACACAUCCAGGAAUUCCAGACCAUGUAUUUCCUGUCGUCUUUCUUCAACCAAUUCGGUCCCAACAGCGUCACCUUCAUCUGUGCCGCCGAAGUGUACCCCGUUGCCGUCCGUGCCACUGCUCACGGGUUCUCGGCCGCCGUUGGUAAGCUUGGAGCUUUGACUGCAUCAGUCCUUUACAGCUACAUCGACACUCAAACCAAAUUCUAUGUCGUUCCUUGGUUCGGUUUGGCCGGUCUGUUUCUUAACGUCCUUUUCAUGCCCGAUACCACCGGCCUCGAUCUGAAGGAGCAAGAGCGUCGCUGGGCUUAUAUCCGCGCUGGUCGCGAGCAGGAUUAUCACGGAAUUGCCAUUCACCCCAAGCACCUCAGCUUGUGGGAGCGUCUCCGAGGCGUGAACAAGUACUAUGAUCCCGAACUUGACUUCAAGCAACGCAUUGAGGAGAUGCGUGGUGAAUGGGAAUUGCGUAUGCAACAUAAGGUCGAUGAAAAGGGCGAGGCUGCUGAGGAAUUUGAAGAUGACUUACAUUCGGAAGUCAGCUCAUACUUCAAACGUUCCACUAAAUCUCCUAACCUUAUGGGUGCCGAAAAUGAGAAGAUUCCUCCUCAUGACAGUCUGAAUGGUUCUAAUGGUAAUGGCAUUUAA